CAAGCUAAGGAAUGCAAAACUCGGCUUGGAUCAAGGAGGGGCUCUUGGUCACAAAAGGGAAUCUACUUCUUUCUUCCAAAACCUUUCUUUUUUUUCGGUAUGCCGCUCCGCCUGCAAGGAGCGAAAAAAGAAAUUGGUCUGUGGUGAUGUCGGAAUUUGCGCCUAUUUGUAUCUAUUUAGUGAUCAGUCUGCUAGUUUCUUUGAUCCCACUCGGUGUUCCUUUUCCAUUUUCUUCUAAUACUUCGACUUAUCCAGAAAAAUUGUCGGCCUACGAAUGUGGUUUCGAUCCUUUCGGUGAUGCUAGAAGUCGUUUUGAUAUACGAUUUUAUCUUGUUUCAAUUUUAUUUAUUAUCCUUGAUCCGGAAGUCACCUUUUUCUUUCCUUGGGCAGUAUCUCUCAACAAGAUUGAUCUGUUUGGAUCUUGGUCCAUGAUGGCCUUUUUAUUGAUUUUAACGAUAGGAUUUCUCUAUGAAUGGAAAAGGGGUGCUUCGGAUCGGGAGUAAUCACUAGUGAUAGGGCAAAAAUACCUAGACAAACCAAUCCUCAUACUGAUUGUGUCAGUUAAGGAAAGCUCAGGAUGGUCCCAUUGGUGAAGUAUGUUGCUCAUUUUGAGAAUUGGCAAGACUUGUUCUUGUCAUCAACCAGAAUGAGUAGUAUGCAUCAUUUCAAGGGGCUUUCUUGGCCUCCUUUUCUGACUUGGACACUUCUCGCCUUACUGUUCUACCAUCUGAAGUAGACGGUGAGGGUAAGGAUGGUGAUAGUUAUCCUUUCCGGCUGUGUCCUUCAGAGGUUGAGAUCCUCUUCGGGAUCACGGUUGUUGGAACUCUUCCCCUCUUCAGCGUCUGGUUCGGCUUUAGCUUUUUCUGAUACGGAUGCUUGCGCUUAGCUUCUUUCUUUGUCUUGUUUGUGUUGUAAAAUGGGCGCGCUAAAGCUACAGCUAUGUGCUUUGGAAUCGAAUAAGGCUUACUCACUUGUUCCUGAUGGAUCAGGACCAGUCACCUUCCCUUCUUUCAUGUAAAUAGGCUUCUUCCUCAUGACAAGCCUUUUCGUUAGCAAUCAAUGAACUUCCCCCUCCACCGCGAUAAGCUGACAGCGAACUAGCUCUCUUCGUGCACACAGAUGCCCUAGCACCCUCCACCCGAAAGGCCUUAAGCGCGAAAAGGGAAGCAGCGAAAGAAUACAAGAAAGAAAGCAUAUCACCAGAUAAAUACGUUGAUCAAAGAGCGGACCCCUAAGAACGAAGGGAGUGGUUCGAUUCCCUUUAGCGGGGCUUGGUAAACCACAUUUUGUGUAGUGAAAUGAUCCAUGAACAGAGGAUCGACAGAAGCGAAGCUAGAAUCACACCAUCAGGAGUAGGUCCAAGCAUUCUUCUUUUGGGCAGGUGGGUGGGGAAGGUAGAACACUAAGAAUUUACGAUUUAGUCGUUCGAUAAACAAGAUCAAAGCUAUGGCCAUGCGCCAAAUUUCCCUGACAUUCAUCCAUUUAGUGCAGUUACGAUGUCAUUGCCUAGAUCUUCCUACUCAUUUAUGGUUUGAGUACAUAACUCAAUAGCUCGGGAACGAAGCGAACAAUCUCGUACUAAACUAUUGUGUCAAAAACUACUUCAAAAAAGGUCGGCAGAAGCCUUCUCAUCAUUGACUAAUCGGGCACAAGAAUCCUAAGCGGAACAUUCCAGGUUUUCUUUUUAAACUAAAGACGUCGUGACACACAAUGGAUCAUAGGUUUAUCCUUUGAAGGGGAAUUCCCAACAUCAGAUGACCGAGAAAGAAUUCCAAGAGGGGUCCUGUAUGCUAUUAUUCCAAUGCUGACAUGUCAAAUAGAAAAUUUCUUCCUGGAAAAAAAAAGCUUUCAUCGUGUGACCACAUCUCUGUAUGGGCGGAGCGCGGGCAUAGAACAGAGCUUCAAGCAGGCAUUACAUCGAUCCAAUCCCUACUUAUCUUGGUCUCCUAAUCACAUAGAUAGGGACAGAGUGACAGCAAACAGAGAUGAGGAGAAGGUGUCAAGUGUAACCAUUGACUGAGCUGGACCAGGAACAUCAAUUAGAGCUCUUGUUUCCCUCUCCAACCUAGCUACAAGAAGAAAGCUUCAUCAAGCAUCCCCCGUGGAAGAGCCAUAGCGAGAGAGACCUUCCUUGCUGCUGCCUAGCCAUACUUCAGCGAGAUGUUUGUAUUUCCCCGUGAUUUUCGCUAUCCGACCUCUUUGCCUAAUAAGAGCACCCAACAAUUGAUAACUUCUGUCGUCAAGAGAGAUCAAACUUUCUCCAUUCGUGACCCCUUUCAUACUUAGAAAGAGGGUUUAGUGAGAUUUAGUAUUCAAAAGCAUAGAUAAAGUCGUGUAUUGUAUCUGACGAUCGGAAGGCAUAACGCCCGUACCAUUCUAUGGAAUAUUGAGGUUCGAAUCCUGCCCCCGCCUAAUCACUUGAGAUGCUGGGGUGCCCCAAGUCAGUCCUUUGAGAAAGGAGUAUAUUAGUCAAAAGACUGAAGGUUUUGAAUAAAAAAUUAACAGAUAUGGGAUAGAUGCGCGCUAUCUGCUGUUUGCGCCUUAUCCUUAGGACGAAUAGGUUGUUUCGGAAUAACCGGUUUUAGCAAGAAGGGGAAGGCAAAGCACUGACAUAGUUGAUGCAGAGGCCAGCCACAAGAGAUAGCAAGUGAUCAGAAAGGAAUCACCUUCACCCCCCCCGGCAAACGUGGUUCAAAUGAUGAUGAGUCAAGCUCAGUUCAGAGGUAACCCAAAAAGUUUCAAACCAUCAAAGCCUUAAGGCAUUGAACGUGUAAGUCCAGUUGAGGGGAACCUUACCGGGACGGUAACGGCUCUCUAUAAUGGUCAUGUGCUAUCUGUAGAGGGGGGCUCUUCCAGAAGUUGUCCUCUAGGAGUGGUUCACCUUUCCUUACGGAAGAGGUGUCUCUGAUCAGAGAUAGGGUCGGUGCAGUCCCAUACCAAUAGGAUAUUGGCUAGGACACUGAUCGCCGCGGAAGUAGAAAGGUCCAGUCAAUCAUCUGAUUUGGCUAGACGAAUCCUCCCGACUUGAUGGUUAGGGGCAUGAAGAAUCUUGGUGCUUUGUUCAUGUAAAUGAGCAGGGUGCUAGGGUUACUAAGGAUGUCUUGCCACUCUCAACUGCACUUGUCCUGGGUGACAAGGAGCCGUUAAGAGCACCGGAGUGGACCGCUAAUAUUGUGGUUACUCUACAUUGUGGGUGUCUUUCGUACUGGACUAUGGUGUUCAUGCCAGGACUGUCCUUCACUUACCUUGAGCCGGCUCAUCACCUAGGGCAAGGGAAGCCACAGGACUAGUUGACUUUGAGUGCACCUGAGCGUCACGUGGCAUAGCCCAAUGCCGAUAAACUCUUUAAGUAGAGUUUUCCAAUGCCCAUGCCGAAAAGGAAAGCACUGACCCAUCAAGCCCAUGCCACCCGCAACGAGAGCCCUAUAGAAAACGCAUAGAGCGAGAGAGAUAGGGAUUCAUAUGCGAGGGUACUUUACACAUAAGAUACGCUGAUUAAACUCCAUUUAGCCGCCAUUGGAGUGACUUGAAAUUCCACGAACUCAGUAGUUAGCCGCUGAUAAACAAGAAAUCGUUGCUAGGACACGAGCCCGGGCAUGUGAGAGAGACGUAAGAAGUGUAACCACAGGUCGUUCCUGCUGAAUACCAAAGUUCCGAGAAUCUACGGUAGCAGGGGAACAAGAUAAGUCAGCGUUAAGGGUAGGGACAAAACUUCUGUUAGUAGCUUGUUGAUUGGCUAAGAAAGGUCCUGUAGCUGGCUGCUGGUGGAGGAGGCGAAUGUAGCUAGGCCCUGUAGCUAGAGCAACCAAACAAGAAAGCUCUUCCCUUGCAGUUAGUUCUUAUCGAGAUCGAAUUGGGUAAGGGCCAUACCAUAGGGGAAGGUGCACUGAUUCUUUCCCUGAGUCACUAACCCUAAAGAAAGAGUGGUCCAGGAUCAGAGGAGAGGCGUGAUGGUAGGCCUAAUCCAGAAGUCUAAUUUGGACUUGAAAGGACCUUUGCCUCUGUGUACUAAAGCAGUGGAUAGAUCGAUUCUCUUAAGAAUAGGAAGUAAGGUAAGUGAAAGGUAUGCAAGCCUAACUCAUCCACUCAUUAGGUUCGGGAAUGAUACAUAAAUCGCUUCCCCAUAUAUGAUCUAUCUUCCCAGAACACGGAAUCGGCUUUCUACGAGAGCCUGUCGGGAUUGGGUCGGUGUUAAGUAACAUAGCAAGAGGUCUUACAAAACUAUAUAAACUGGAAACCUUAACUCCCGAAUAAAACUAACCCGGUAGGGCCAGCCAGGAUGUGGCCCACUUUAGAGACAUACAUAAUAGGCGGGAAGAUGGAGUGAAGUUAGUCGUCCCCUACUUCCCUUUUUAAUAAUUUCGGCUAGGCGAUCAGCCAUUUCCUUUUUUGACAAUUUGUGAACUGUCUCAUUGGAAUAUGGUGACUCCUCUUUUUCCUUAUCGUGACGAAACAAUUGCAGAAGCAAUCUAAAAGCGGAAUUCCAUAAUUUCUCGAGCAGAGGAUCUAGUUCCACACCAAUACGCUUAUCUUAUAUAAGAGAAUAUAUACACUUAGCGUACCUACAAUCGCUUGCUUUAGCUACUUACUCGGGAACUAGCUUCGCACCUCACCCCGGGAACUCAAAGGUGCGUAGCUUGCUUGUGAAAGGGGUGUUCCCGUUCCUCCGGCUCUAGGUAAUUUUUUUUUU